UUUAAUUCGACUUCUGUACUCCUCCCCGACGAGGGGAGUAGCGCUAAAUUCGACAUGGCCAUGUCGAAUUACGCUAGGUGUGGAUGGAAAUCGACGCUAAUAGCUCCGGGAGCUAUCCCACAGUGCACCACUCUGUUGACGCUCUGGACAGCAGUACGAGCUCGGAUGCUCUGAACUGCCACACAGGAAAAGCCCCGGGAAAAUUUGAAUUUGAAUUCCUUUUCCUGUCUGGCCAGUUUGAAUCUCAUUUCCUGUCUGGACAUCGUGGCGAGCUCAGCAGCACUGGCAACGAUGCAGAGCUCUCCAGCAGUGAUGGCCGUGCAAUCUCAGAAUAGAAAGAGGGCCCCAGCAUGGACUGAUCGGGAAGUCUUGGAUCUCAUCGCUGUGUGGGGCGAUGAGUCCGUGCUUUCCGAGCUGCGAUCCAAAAGACGGAAUGCAAAGAUCUACGAGAAGAUCUCUAAAGACAUGGCAGAGAGAGGAUACAGCCGGGAUGUAACGCAGUGCCGCGUGAAAAUCAAGGAGCUGAGACAAGGCUACCAGAAGACCAAAGAGGCAAACGGAUGCUCCGGAUCCCAUCCCCAGACAUCCCGUUUCUACGAGGCACUGCAUUCCAUCCUCGGUGCGGCCGCCACCACUACCCCACCAGUGACCGUGGACUCUGAGGAUGGGAUAGUGUCCACGGCUGGAUCCUCGGACAUGUUAGCGGACGGGGAAGAUGAGGAAGGAGAUGAGGAGGACGAGGCAGUCGACAGCGCUCACAACGCUGAUUUCCCCGACAGCCAGGAUCUCUUCAUCACCCUUACAGAGAUCCCCUACCAACCCUCCCCAGCCGUUACCCCGGACACAGAAUCUGGGGAAGGAUCAGCCACCCCAUCUGCGACUGUCUCACAACCUAGCCUGUCAUCACACUCCCAGAGGCUAGCGCGGAUUAGGCAUAAGAAGAAGAGGACACGGGAGGACAUGUUCUCGGAGCUUAUAGCCUGCUCCAGAGCCCAGGCAGCACAGCAGACCCAGUGGCGGGAGAACUUGACCCGAAUGCACCAAGCCAACAUGGAUCGGGAGGAGAGGUGGCGUCAGGAAGACCAGCAGGCGACUCAAACCCUGCUUGGACUAAUGAGGGAGCAAAUGGACACGCUCCGGCGCCUUGUGGAUGUUCUGCAGGAACGGAGGCAGGAGGACAGAGCCCCGCUGCAGUCCAUCUCUAACCGCCCUCCCCCGCCACCAAGUCCCAUACUCCCCUCACCCAAAGUGCACAGAAGGAGAGGCGGCAGAGUCCCUGCUAACUCUCACUCCACCCCUGCAGAGAGCUCGAGCAGCAGAAGGCUCUCAUUCCCCAAAAUUUGACAAGUUCUUUCCUUCCCGCCUGACACAAGCCCCCG